GUGAGGUUGAUAACAUUGAUCUCAGGUUUUAAUAUUUAACUCGUUUAGAUAUAAAUUUUGUACACCUCAGCAUUGAUGAUGAUUUCGAAAAUAAUAUUUAUUUUAAUUUUUUCAUUGUAUUUUUGCAAUGAAUUCACAUCUGUACUUGGAGCCGAUCGUUCUAAGUUCAAAACAUGUAGUGAAAGUGGUUUCUGCAGACGGAAUCGAAAUAUCAAAGGGAAACCAAAUAAAUGGGUGUUAGAUCCCACAACAGUGCAACCUAGUGAUAAUAAACUUGGCUUUGAAGCUAUUCUCAAAAAUGAGCUUAAUGGAGUUCUUCUCCGUCUUACCAUCAAUGCUGCUUUGAAAGACAGUUCAGUUUUACAUGUCAGAAUUAAUGAGGCCCAUCCAGGUAGAGAAAGAUACGAUCCAAGAGAAGCAUUAGUUGAAAAUAUAGAAUAUGGUAAAAUCAAUAUUGGUAAACCCACCGAUAAAGAUGUCACUCUUACCUUUGGACCCGCUGACGCUUCACAUAAAGUAUUGAUUGCUUUCAAUCCAUUCAGAGUCGACAUAUUCACUGGUGAUAGAUUAGUUGUCAGUGCUAAUGCUCGAGAAUUCCUGAAAUUUGAACAUUUUAGGCAAAAGAGAGAAAACGUACCUGAGGAAGAAAAAUUAGAAGAAGAAGAAGAUGGUGGCUGGGAAGAAACCUUUAAAUCCUUUGUUGACAGUAAACCUUAUGGACCAAUGUCAGUUGGAAUGGACUUUUCUUUUGUUGGUUUUGAUCAUGUUUAUGGUUUGCCUGAGCACGCUGAUUCAUUUGCCUUGAAAAAUACUCGAGAUGAAACAGAUCCUUACCGUUUCUAUAAUGUGGAUAUUUUUGAAUACGAAUUGAACAAUGGAAUGGCUUUAUAUGGGGCUAUACCUUUUAUGGCUGCUCAUUCCGAAGAUUAUUCAGUCGGUCUACUCUGGUUGAAUCCUUCUGAAACUUGGGUCGACAUAGAAUCAUCAAAUCAAGGAGUUCGCGGUUUAUUCUCACAUUUAGUUUCUGGAGAAGUUAAAAGUCGAUUAACACAUUGGUUCUCUGAGACUGGGCUAAUUGAUGUUUGGAUAAUGUUAGGACCAACUCCGCUCGAUGUGAUGAGACAAAAUGGUAAAAUAACUGGUACUCUUGAAUUGCCUCCUUAUUAUGCUAUUGGUUAUCAUCAAUGUCGCUGGAAUUAUUUCAGUCAAGAAGAGUUGAAUGAAGUGGAGCGUCAAUUUGAUGCCAAUGACCUUCCAUUGGAUGUUCUCUGGCUAGAUAUUGAAUAUACUGAAGGACGAUCCAAAAAAUACUUUACAUGGGAUCCAGUUAUGUUCUCUGAUCCUAAAGGACUCAUUACAAAUCUAACCAGCAAAGGUCGACAAUUAGUUGCCAUCAUUGAUCCACAUAUCAAAAAAGACACAAAUUAUCCAAUCUACAAUGAGGCUGUUCAAAAUAAUUAUUUCAUAAAAAAUAAAGAUGGCAAUGAUUACGAAGGGUAUUGUUGGCCUGGACCUGCUUUGUAUCCUGAUUUCUUGAAUCCUGCUGUUCGAGAAUGGUGGUCAAGUAAAUUCAAUCCAGAAUUUUUCCCUGGAUUCACAGAUGGUAAUGUUGGCAUUUGGAAUGAUAUGAAUGAGCCAAGUGUCUUUAAUGGACCUGAAAUGUCUGCUCCUCGGGAUGUUGUUCAUAUGAACGGUAUUGAGCAUCGUGAUAUACACAAUAUGUACGGUUUCUUGGUAACUAAAGCAACAUACAAGGGAUUAACUACUUUUGCUCCAAAUCGUAGACCAUUCAUUUUGACUCGUUCAUUCUUUGCGGGCUCUCAGCGUUAUGCUAUGGUUUGGACUGGUGAUAAUAUGGCUAAAUGGGAACAUUUGAAAAUGUCUAUUCCAAUGAUUCUUUCUCUUGGAAUCUCUGGAAUGGCAUUUUCUGGUGCAGAUGCUCCUGGUUUCUUUUAUGAUCCAGAAUCAACUGAAUUGGUUGUUCGUUGGUAUCAAGCUGCUGCAUUCCAACCAUUCUAUCGAGCUCACGCUCAUCUCGAUACUAAGCACAGAGAGCCUUAUCUUUAUGACGAAGAAACAAAAAACCUUAUAAGAUUAGCUACAAGAGCUCGAUACUCUUAUUUACCUUACAUUUAUACACUUUUCUAUGAAGCAUCCAUCAAUGGUACUCCAAUUAUGCGUCCAGUGUGGCUUCAUUUUCCUAAAGAUGCUAAAGCUUUUAAUUUGGAAGAAGAGUAUCUUUUAGGUGACUCUCUUCUAAUAAGACCAGUUCUAGACAAAGGAGUGUCUUCAGUUAAUGUCUACUUCCCUGGUGAAGGCGAAUCCUGGUUAGGAAUUGAAGAUGACACUAUUUAUCAAGGUGGAUCAAGUGCUGAUAUCCAUGUGACACUUGAUUCGAUUCCAAGAUUCCAGAGAGCUGGAAGUAUAAUUGUCAAACGAGAAAGAAUGCGAAGAAGUUGUUCCUUGUCAUUAGGUGAUCCAAUGACUUUGCAAAUCUUUUUAGAUGCCGAGGAGAGACAUGCUGAGGGAAAGCUUUAUCUCGACGACGGGUCUUCUUAUAAUUAUAAAUCGGGUGGAUACAUUUUAGCAGAAGUAAUUUACGAUAAAAUGGUUCUAACUUAUAGAAUAAUUCAUGGUAGCUUCCCCACUAACAGCUGGUUGGAACGAGUGGUAAUUCAUAGGAUUUCAAAUAAACCAAGUAAAAUUGAAGCAACUAAUGGGGCCAACUUAAGUUUUAAAUACAAUCCUACAAGCCAAACACUUAUAAUACGAAAACCAAGUUUAAUGAUGGGUGAUUCAUGGCAAAUCAAACUCAGCUAAGUGAUAGCUGGUUAUUAUUAAGACAUACAAUCAUGUGGAAGGAAGAGAUGAGCACAUUUCAAGUCAUAUCUUUUGCGCUUAAGGAAAAAAUCAUGGUACAAGAGAUUACGAACUUUACAACAAUCUCUAACUCAUUCCGAUUGUACUUUACUUUUAUUUGAUAGUAAAGUUACUAUAUUUAUUAAUUCUAUUGGAAAAUUAAUUUUUGCGGCAAAACUCUAAGCCUAAUCUUUCAUUAAAACAACCACAAAGCUA